UCCGUCCGUCUCGUAGGAUUUCCAGACCUUCAGGAGCCUUGAGGCACCUCGAGGAACCUCAGUAUCGCCGGAUCGUCUUCGUCUGGACCGCCGGAUCGGGUCACUAUGUUCUCAUUGAAGGUGUUCCUGCUUUUCUUCUGCUCCUCAGGUUUUCGGUGCCGGGGGUGCGACAGGACAAGGGUUUACUUUGAGUCCCGAAAUUUCUACAGCGUCCUCCGUUGGGAUGAAGUGGAACUCCCUGGACAGGACGUCCGAUACAGCGUCACCUAUCACGAAUAUGGGAAUAACUCGCAGCCACAUCUGGAAUGCCAGAACAUCUCGGAACCCUCCUGCGACCUCAGCUCGGUGAUGACCAACAUCCACAUGAGAUACUUUGCCAAGGUCCUGGUGGGCGGGGUCUGUUUCGGGCAGUACGUGGGCUUCGUCCCGUUCGAAAAAACCGUUCUGGGCGCUCCGGACGUGACCGUGACCGCGGCCGAAUCGUCUCUCGGCGUGACUCUGGCGCCUCCUGUGGGACCUCAAAACCGCUCCAUGAGUGAAAUCACCUGCUGGGAAAGCUGCCCCCGGGACAGCCGGCCCUCCAUCGUCUACAUCGUCCACUUCACGCAGCCCGAGUUCCAGUCUGGAAGGGUGUACAAGAACACGAGCGGCGUCAUCACCGUGAACCACGUCAAGAAGGGCGCCAUGUACUGCGGCGUGGCCAUGUACCAGCUCGCCCAUCCGGUCGCCAAGCGCCUGAGUGAAAACGCCACCUUCUGUCUGACCUUACCAGGAAUGACCUGGAUUCGUCUGGUGCUUGGCGUAUCGGCGGCGGUGGCGCUCGUAGUUCUCGGUGGCGUGGGGUUGGUGAUGUGCCAGCAGUACGUCACACGGAAGAGAAACCUGCCCAAGGCGCUGAUCAUAUCUAAAACUCGCUCUCCUAACUUCAGUCCCGCUCCUAAAGUCCAGAUCUCGGACCUGACGGUGUCCACCGAGCCUCCGCUGAACAAAGACAUGGACACGCCCGUCCUGAGGAAGGCAGCCGCGCUCACCCAGGGGAGUUACGCCGCCCAGGACUGCCGCGCCCAAGACUGGCGCGACCAUUCGUACACCAAUCAGCACGUAGCGCCGAUCAAACCCGGCGACCGGACGUCAGACUCCUGCACCAGCUACAGCAUGGUGGUGGGCGUGAUGGUGCCUCAGGACCCGGAGGAAUUCGACAGCGGUCUCGGGCGCUCCCUCAGCCCGGGCGCUGACUCCUCCCCCGGGGACGCGUUCCAGGACCUCGGCGACGCCCGAUCAGAGCUCGAGCGUUCGGUUCUCCCGGUGUCCCGCGGCGCCGACGGACGGCUCGAGUUCUCCAGCCUGGUGUUUCAGCCCCUGCUCCCGGGCGUCUCCCCCACGACCCCUCCUGUGACGGCAUCCACGCCCGCCUCGGAGACCGCCCCCCUGCUGACGGACCUGUUGUUUAGGGACGACUCGGGGUGCGCGGAGCAGGAUCUCGGACCCGACUACACCAGAGCCUACCUCCCCAACAGGGUACCCUGCUUCAAACCUGCUCCCGUAGGCGUGGCGACUGACUUGUCGUCGAAUUACAGGCAGAACUGGGUGCCAGGGAUUCUACCCGACCCCCCACUGAAGGUACCCGAGCAUCCGCAGGAACCAGAGGAGGGCGUGGAGGGAUCGGCGCAGAGUUUCGGGGGCAUGUUUUUGGAUGGAUGGGCCGUAGAAAUCCAUUCAUAA